GAGUUGGGGUGGCUUGUGGGAAGAGGAGAGCCUGAGGGGCCUGAUUGUCCCGGGAUGCAAGGGGGAAUUUAAUUUAUUUCAGUUGAUUUCCCACGUAUUUCCUCAUCCCAGCCUGCUGAGCCUGACAGUGCCUGCGGUCGCUUGAGACACCCGACGGGACGUGAGCCUGGCUGGGACGAGGGGACCCCCGGGCUGCUGUUCAAAAAGCCUUUUGAUCCUCCCCUUUGUUUUUGGAAUUUAAAGGUGCAACAUCAUGGUUAUGAAAGCUACAGUAGAAGAUGAUGAUUCAGGAUGGGAACUUGGUAUGCCUGACAAGAUGGAAAAGAGUAAUACCAGCUGGAUAGAUAUAACCCAGGAUUUUGAAGAAGCUUGUAGAGAACUGAAGUUAGGAGAACUGCUUCAUGACAAGCUUUUUGGUCUUUUUGAAGCCAUGUCUGCCAUUGAAAUGAUGGAUCCCAAGAUGGAUGCUGGUAUGAUUGGAAACCAAGUUAACAGAAAAGUUCUUAACUUUGAGCAAGCUAUUAAGGAUGGCACCAUUAAAAUAAAGGAUCUCACUUCACCUGAGCUGGUAGGAAUAAUGGACACAUGUUUUUGCUGUUUGAUAACAUGGUUAGAAGGACAUUCCUUGGCACAGACAGUAUUCACUUGCCUUUAUAUUCAUAAUCCAGACUUCAUAGAAGAUCCUGCUAUGAAGGCUUUUGCUCUUGGAAUCCUAAAAAUCUGCGAUAUUGCCAGAGAAAAGGUUAACAAAGCAGCUGUUUUUGAGGAGGAAGAUUUUCAGUCGAUGACUUACGGAUUUAAAAUGGCCAAUAGUGUGACAGAUCUUAGAGUUACAGGUAUGCUGAAAGAUGUAGAGGACGACAUGCAAAGACGAGUGAAGAGCACUCGAAGUCGACAAGGAGAAGAGAGAGAUCCAGAAGUUGAACUUGAACAUCAACAAUGUUUAGCUGUCUUCAGCAGAGUCAAGUUUACCCGCGUCCUACUGACUGUCCUAAUAGCAUUUACAAAAAAAGAGACAAGUGCAGUUGCAGAAGCACAGAAACUUAUGACUCAGGCAGCUGACUUGCUCUCUGCCAUACACAAUUCACUGCAUCAUGGUAUGCAGGCACAGAAUGAUACCACUAAAGGAGAUCAUCCUAUUAUGAUGGGGUUUGAGCCACUCGUUAAUCAGAGACUGCUGCCACCAACUUUCCCCCGCUAUGCAAAAAUUAUUAAAAGGGAAGAAAUGGUCAAUUAUUUUUCCAAACUAAUAGACCGAAUAAAAACUGUAUGUGAAGUAGUCAACUUAACUAAUUUGCACUGUAUACUGGACUUUUUCUGUGAGUUUAGUGAGCAAUCACCCUGUGUUCUUUCAAGAUCCCUGUUACAGACAACUUUCCUAGUAGAUAACAAGAAGGUGUUUGGCACUCACCUCAUGCAAGACAUGGUAAAAGAUGCCUUAAGAUCUUUCGUCAGUCCUCCAGUACUUUCUCCAAAGUGUUGUCUUUAUAAUAACCACCAGGCAAAAGACUACAUUGAUUCCUUUGUGACACAUUGUGUUCGGCCAUUCUGUAGUCUGAUUCAAAUCCAUGGACACAACAGAGCUCGUCAGAGAGAUAAACUGGGUCACAUCCUUGAGGAAUUUGCCACACUACAGGAUGAGGCAGAGAAAGUAGAUGCAGCGCUUCAUAGCAUGUUACUGAAGCAGGAACCACAAAGGCAACAUUUGGCUUGCUUGGGCACCUGGGUCCUAUAUCAUAAUCUUCGUAUUAUGAUACAGUAUCUUCUCAGUGGCUUCGAGUUAGAACUUUACAGUAUGCAUGAAUAUUACUACAUCUAUUGGUACCUCUCCGAGUUCCUCUAUGCCUGGCUGAUGUCAACGCUGAGCCGUGCUGACAGCUCUCAGAUGGCAGAGGAGAGGAUCAUGGAGGAACAACAGAAAGGCCGUAGUAGUAAGAAAACAAAGAAGAAGAAGAAAGUUCGCCCUCUCAGCAGAGAGAUCACCAUGAGUCAAGCAUACCAAAAUAUGUGCGCUGGGAUGUACAAGACAAUGAUUGCCUUUGACAUGGAUGGCAAAGUAAGAAAACCUAAGUUUGAACUGGAUAGUGAGCAAGUUAGAUAUGAGCACAGAUUUGCUCCAUUCAACAGUGUUAUAACACCACCUCCAGUGCACUACCUGCAAUUCAAAGAAAUGUCUGAUUUAAAUAAGUACAGCCCACCUCCUCAGUCAUCAGAUCUCUACAUGGCAGCUAGCAAGCACUACCAGCAAGCUAAAAUGAUUCUUGAGAAUAUUCCAAAUCCAGACAAUGAGGUCAAUCGAAUUCUAAAAGUUGCAAAACCCAAUAUUGUGGUCAUGAAGCUGCUGGCCGGAGGCCAUAAAAAAGACUCUAAGGUUCCUCCCGAAUUUGACUUCUCUCCUCAUAAAUACUUCCCAGUUGUGAAGCUUGUUUGAAGGACAAGAGAUUUUUGUUAGCAUACCUGAAGAGUAUCUGUGUAGCAGAUACCAGCUCUAGGAGAGAGAGUAACUAGUGCUGCACUCGGACGACGAGGGACAUCCAGGAUAAAAGUACCGUUUUGUGGAAUAUCUAUAGUCUGCUGCCUUUAUGUGAUUUGAAUGACAACUGCUGUUUUAAAGUGGUUUGUAUAAAGUUUAUUGGAUUGUAAGCUGAUUUUAACUAUUAUUAAAGAACAUUGUAUCUUAGUUGAUAUUAUUACAGAUUUUGAUCAAAAAUAGUUGUUACUAAUGCAUUCUUACAAAGUGGUGGGUUAGGAACUGAAUAAAAAUCAUGCAGUAGAGCCUCAUGUCUGAUGUGCACAGCAGAGCUACUGCAAUUCUGCAUUUAACAAAGUCACUUGGAGAGAUUUUGAGUUUCUAUUUUUUUGCUUAAUUGUAUCAGAAUUGCUCACUUUGCAAGUAGAGAAAUGCUGGGGGUUUAUUCUCACCACAUCCUCCAAGCUAAAACAAUCUUUACAGAGAUCGAGUACAAUGAAAUUGGUCAUUUAGCUAGUAAGUGAGUGAUUCCUAGUUUGAAUUUGUUCCUUUGUCUUUGUUCUCGAAGCGCUGGAGAAUCUGCACUGCAGACAUUGUAGCAGGCACUAUUUACCCAUUCUGUAACUUUAUUACAAUCCUAGUACUUGCUGCUGCAAACGAAUGAUUGCUACACUUGCAUGGUCUUUAUUCUGUAUUUUUGACUGCAAUGGGGCCACUGGAUCCUACUGUGUUAUGUAGUAAUUUACAGGUAUAAAUAUCCAAAAUAGUUGAAUCCGCAAACCUAUCUUAUUCCUUCAUGGAAUAGUUCUGCCUUCCAAGCUUUCAGAUGUGAAAUUAUGGAGGUAAGCUGUUGUGUUGUAGCAAGGAAAAAAUGUUCAAAAAGCAGACCUGGCACUGGCCAAGUCAGACCAUACAAGCAAAUCCUUUGCUGGACAGGAAAAUUCUCCAUUUUGGUGUAGGGUGACUUCCACCACAGGGAUGAGCUUGUAAGUCCAUAUUGACCAUACAACACCAUAUUUUUUGGUGUUAAUCUGAUCACCUGAUUUUAAUCACCUGUGGAUUAAUACCACUUCAGCUUCAUCCCCUGAGCAGCAGCACUGCCAAGCUAGAGCUUGAAAACAAUGAGUAACCUCUGAAGUGGAAAACCCACUUGUCUUCCAGCAAUUUGCAGCUUCCUGAAAUAAGCAGAAGUAAUGUCCUGAAGACAGGUUUUUUUUCCAAAUUCUCUACUAAGGAGAUGGUAUAUCACAUUACAUGUUUGCUCAUGAUUAUCAUUAAUAUACUUGAAUGCUUCCAUAUAGCUGCCAAAGGAAUAAAAAGCCUGGAAUACGUAGAUGUAAAAUGGCACUGAGCAUUCACCUGGCUUCUUGUAAAGCCACAAAAUCUUCCCCAUCUUUAAGAUCCUGAACUACAUGACAGUAGGUCAAGGACAGCCUUUUGUUAUUUCUCCAAAGCAAGCAGCAAGAGAAUGCAAAUUACAUGUGACUUGUGGAACCAAGAAAAUGGCAAUAAUAAUAUUUCCCAUUUUCAUUACAAUUAGAACCGGAUAAAUUCUACAGAAUAACAUCAAUACACUAGAGCAGAUUACUUUUAAAUGCUUACCUAAAAUGGAUCAGGUUUAGUUGUAAAGAAAACAAAACAAAGGUGCUAAUAUAGCAACAAGAUGAUUAGAGAAAAGUAGUAAUGCCUCACACAACUUAAAAUUCCAGUUUUAAGAGAGACAACACUAUGUACACCACAGUUCCAAAAUUAAUUUCUUGUUCAACUAAAGGUCUUUUAAUUCUAAAAUUCUAUACAGUAGACAUACAGGCCUCUUGCCUACUAGUAAUCUACCACCCAAGUUAGAUUGAAGCACUUGAAGUUAUUGUGAAUAAUAUUGUAGUCCUUCAUGCUUUUGAACAUUGCUUUUAUGCAGGUUUUCAGACCCUUUGCCCUCAGAGGUUUGCAAGUGUGCUUUGUACAGAGGUGGCCUUAUUUAUGGAGGACAACAUCCAGUUGGCUAGGAGAAGCCCAAAAAUGUACAGAUGCAUAGCCAAAACAAUUAGUUUUAAAAUAACUCUCUGGUACUAUAUUAAUUACCCUAAAGUGUUUAAUGCUUUGGAGUUUUUAACUUGAUACUGGUAAAGCUAUUCAUUCAACUUGAAUAUAAUGUUUCACUGUCUAUUUUUUACUGUUAGAAUAUAUGCUUUUUAACAAUCAAUAUUAAAUUCCUGAUCAACUUCAA